UCUAACCUGUGGAACCACUCUUGAACUUCUAAGCUGUCAUCUUCAGUGGUUAAUUAUUUUUUUCACAGUAAAAUAGGCUAUGCUUUUCAGAAAUGUCUUCAUCUAGAAUCUCCGAUUUAAUUGGCAUACUUAAGGGAGUGCAAAGUGUGACGAAUGCUCUGAUAAAACAUCAAGAGGAUGCAAUCAAAUAUACAAUCACACACUCUAGUUUGAAACAUCUACCCCAACAGUGUUUACAAGCUGCAGGAAAGAAGUUGAAUAAUGUAGAACCAAGUAAGAUUCCUGAACAAAUAGUCAAAGAUUUAAAAGAAGCAACUGAACGUGUUCGUGUAGUUGAAGAAGGUAUUAGUCAAUAUAUUAAAAUAAUAACUAACCAAACUUUAAAUGUGAAAAACGAUGACUAUGUUCCUAAGAAGGAAACAAAAUUACACGUGCACAAUGCUGCUAAAGACCCAAGAGAAACGCCUAUUUAUCAAGAUGUCAAAACACCAAAAGACAAUACUAGCAAAUCUGUAGUCAGUGAACUUACAGAACAUGUACAGAGUGAUGCAGCCUGGAAACAUAUGACUGUAAAGCAAAAAAUACAGACAAUUGCUAAAUCAGAUACGACUCAGAUCCCCAACAUAGAGCUUUCCGAUAAAGAUAAAGAAAUCCUAAGGAAAUUGGAAUUGGAACACGAGAAGAAUAUUAAAAAUAAAACUGAGAGCUCAUUUUCCUCUACCACUGAAACACACGAAAAGAAACCUGUUGAAACAGAGCCUAAGGAAAAGCCAAAAGCUAAAUUAUCCAUCAGACCAAAGCAAUCUUUAUCACCUACUGCCAGAGAAAGGAAAGUCCCUGCUACAAGAUUACAAAGAAUGGUAAGCUUUGGAAGCCUGGGAAUUGGCCUUGGUGCUGGUACUCUUGCGGAAUAUACACGAAGGACAUUAGGAUUGAAAACACAAAGCAUUGGAGAUACAAUUGAUAACAUGUUCUUGACUAAGGCCAAUGCAGAAAGAAUAGUUUCAACAUUGUGCAAAGUGAGAGGCGCAGCUUUAAAGAUUGGUCAAAUAUUGAGCAUUCAAGACAAUACCCUUGUAAGUCCCGAGUUGCAAAAAGUCUUUGAGAGAGUUAGACAAAGUGCUGAUUUUAUGCCAACAUGGCAAGUGGAGAAAGUAUUGGUUAGUGAACUUGGAGACGAUUGGAGAAGCAAAUUAAUAUCCUUCGAAGAGAAACCAUUUGCUGCAGCAUCUAUUGGGCAGGUACAUCAUGGCACGUUAUUGAAUAAACAAGAUGUAGCGAUAAAGAUUCAAUAUCCGGGUGUGGCUCAGGGUAUUCAGAGUGAUAUUGAGAAUUUGGUGGGCAUAAUGAAGAUAUGGAACAUGUUUCCAGAGGGCAUGUUUAUAGAUAAUGUGGUGGAAGUUGCAAACCGAGAACUCGCCUGGGAAGUGGAUUAUAUCAGGGAAGCAGAAUGCACAAGAAAAUACAGAGAGUUAAUGGUGCCUUAUCCCGAUUAUUACGUGCCUUCAGUAAUAGAUGAACUUUCGACAAAGCAAGUGUUUACAACAGAAAUGGUAGAAGGUGUAUCUGUUGAUAAAUGCGUGGAUAUGGAUGUUGCGACUAGAGAACGUAUAAGUGAAUUGGUUAUGCGUCUGACUCUAAUGGAAUUAUUUGAAUUUCAAUAUAUGCAAACUGAUCCAAAUUGGUCCAAUUUCUUGUACAAUUCUGAUACAAAACAGCUGGUUUUGUUGGAUUUUGGAGCAUGCAGGACUUACGAGAAAGCGUUUAUGGACAAGUAUAUAGAAGUUAUCAAAGCUGCAAGCGAAAGAAAUCGCGAUAAAGUCCUACAGCUAUCUCAAGAAAUGAAGUUUCUUACUGGAUACGAAUCCAAGGUUAUGGAAGUUGCUCAUGUAGAUGCAGUCAUGAUUCUUGGACAAGUUUUUGAUAAUAAGAGCGAGUAUUAUGAUUUUGGUGGCCAAGACGUGACAAGACGGAUUCAAACAUUAGUGCCGACUAUAAUAAAUCACAGAUUGUGUCCGCCACCCGAGGAGAUUUAUAGCUUGCAUAGAAAAUUAUCAGGAAUAUUUCUGCUAUGUGCAAAGCUUAGAGCCAAAAUUAAAUGCCGUGAUAUAUUUCGCGAGGUUUAUGCCAAUUAUAAGUUUGGCUAGUCAGUUUGUUUGGUCAGUAUGUUAGUAUUGACGUUAAGAUUGCAAAAUAUAAACAAUUGAAAUUGUAUAAUAUAUUUUCUAUAAAUGUAUAUACGUUUUCCGA